UCAUGGUUAGUUGGCCAUUAUCUCAAAGCUCUCCGAUAUCAGGUGUCAAUGAAACGAAGGCCUGCUCAUCAAGUUUAGCGAGCAAACUCAAUCUUAUCGAUGUUCGACUUUGCCAAAUCUCAAGAAUGAAAAACUCACUAUUCGAAAAAUUAAAACAGACGUUUCCGACAAUUGCAUCAUGCAUCGCCAUAACAAUAUUCCUUCUAUUUGGAACAGCGCUGCUUCAAUCGGCUUUGCUUUACUGGGUUGAGUUUACAUCGAAAGCGAAUAAGUGCGAAACAUCAACUUCAGCUUGGGAGUCAUACUACAAAAUAGAAUUAUCCCAUGAAACUGAAACUCAAUUUCCGGAUUACAAAUUAUACGUUGCGGUUGAACUGUUCACAGAGAAACUCUACCUGAACAAAAACUUCUCAUUUGAUCACGAGGAGUUUUUAGAUGGAGUUCCAAUUUUGUUCAUUCCUGGCAAUUGUGGGUUUCACGAACAAGGCAGAACAAUCAGUUCGAUUUUGACGCAUAUGAUUGAAAGCAGAAAGUAUGUUGGCUCUGUGCAUUUCGAUUAUUUCACAAUUGAUUUCAACGAGGAAUCUUUGGCGAUGUCGGGACAUUAUUUGUUCAGAGCUAGGGCCUUCGUUGAAGAAAGCAUCCUUCGCAUCAGGACUCUCUACAAACAGCCCAAGAAGAUCCUCCUCAUAGGCCACUCAAUAGGCGGAGUCAUUGGACGGUCUCUGGACUCUUUUGGAUCCCCCUGGGCAGAUACUCUGGUGACGAUAGCCAGUCCCCACUUGAUGCCAGUGGUGUACACGGACAAGGAAGUGGAGAGGUUUUACAAGGAGUAUUUAAAAGAUCCGUCUGAGAAUAGGUUCCUGAUCUCAUUCGCUCCCGGCAGACGUGACUUCACAGUGCCUGGACACCUCACCAGACUCCCAUCAUCCACAUACACAUCCACGUCCUUUUCUACUUCUGCUCGGUCUCAAGAGCAGUUAGCUGAUCCCCUUGUGUCGUCACCACAUUUGAGACAUCUCUCCUUCGAAGCCAUUCCCAAGUCCCACCAGUCGGCUGAUCACGUGGCCUCUUCUUACUGCAACUCAGCGUGUAUUGUCAUCUCCAGGAUGAUACUAGACUGGGUGGACUUCCAACAGAUGCAGUUCAUGGACACCCAGACUAAGAGAGAUGUGUACUACUACCAUUUUGUGAGAAAUCCAGGCAACAAGAGUCUACGAUACGAGACUGACAACCACACUGAACUCAAUUUAAUCUGCAAACCCAUCGGAGAACGAUCUAGAACAUUCUACUACCUUUCAAUCACAUCCGGUGCAAGUUUCAUUGCUGCUAAAAAAUCAGACGAAGAUGAACCAGUGUUUCUAAACCGACAUGUGUUUUCCGUCUUACCGCCAAUUCAAAAGACAGUGAAGACCCCUGAUUUCAAAAUGGAACGACUAGUUGCUACUAAUAAAUACGCUGCCCUGGAUUGCAAUGCGUUGAGAGAAGAGGGAUAUACAAAAUUGUGUCUGCCAAUAACUACUCGGAUGAGCGAUGAGAAGUUCGAUGUUGGCUAUGCUUUCAACGCGGAUCAGUUUUUGAAAUUAGACAUAACGAAAGCAGGCAAGAUAGGAACCCUUAAAGACGUCAUGUACGUGGACAUCACGCUAACAGGACUUCACAAAACACUGCAUGUUUUCGACGUGGACGUUGAAUCGAGUUGCGAGGAUGCGUUUAUGAUCUACGGAGGAGAGGAUGGAAAUGUUCCUUAUGAUACGACUAAAGGGUUCAACACAGUAACCAUAGUCUCAUGGCUUUCGUUCCAAAACAUGGCCUUGAAACUCAUUAAACCCAUUGGGUGUGACGUAACUAUACACAUACGGCCAUCAGUUCUCGGAAUCAUGCAUUACGUCAGAAUUCAAAUAACUUCUCUGCCAACGUAUUUCGUAAUUCUGCUUCUAGUACUCAUAGAAUCGAAUAUUGAGUCAAAGUUUGAAACAAAACUGAUAUACUCGUGCUUUAAACUGAACUUCCUACUUAAAUUUAUAGUAACUUCAAUUACAACUGCAUUAUUGUCAGUAGUAGCAAAGGUGCUUAGCAAGAAAUCGGCAGUUUUUGAUCUCAAGUUUGCUGUUGAUGAAAAGUUGUUUUCCUUUUGGACACCGUUGUUAUUAUUUUCAACAGCUUGGGUUGCAAUUGUUGUGUUUAUUUUUGCCCUGGAAUUUUUUCUGAAAGUUUUGAUUUUCGUAGUGCCAUAUACAUUUUUAAUGCAAAUUGUGAAGCGUAUUUUCAAAUUCAGCUGUUUCAUUGGUCAAAUGUUUCUGUUUAUUCCAUUAGUUUUAGGAUUUCCAAGCCUAACUGCAGUACUGAGUGGAAUUUUGAUGCUGCUUUUCAAUGUCAGGUGCAAUUUACUGAAUGAAAAAACUGCUAAAACUUCAACGUCAUCAUCUUUGUGUAAUUCAAUCAUAUGUGAAUUUCCCAUAAAUCGUCCAAGAGCUAAAUUUUUGACAAUCAAGAAUAAAAUAAAGUCAUGUUUCGCCAAGUUAAGCGAGCCUGUAGAUAUAACGGUUAAUGAAUGUAUUAAAUCUUGCCUUGAAAGACCAGACAAUAUUGAAAACUAUGGAACCAGACAAGCUAAAACCGAGCUCAAAAACGACUUUGCACAAGCUAAUUCUGGUGCUAAUAUGUCGCUUAGUGAACUUAGAUUUCACAAGUUAGGUUUUCUUUUCUGCCUAAUGACUUGUCUUCCUAAUAUUUUGUUUACAAUAGCUCUAAUGAAAGAUAAACAACCAAACUACCUAUAUUUUGACCCUACACUACCUACUGCGUUUAGUUGCACACUUGUAUAUUUCGCCCAUAUCGCUGUAGAGUUAGUUUCACCCGAACAUUGCAAAAUUCAACUGGCAUAUUUUAAGAGUUACGACCAAGAUCUAGCGGCUAAACUGAUAAAAUGGGUGUUUUAUAUCGGCAUAUUCUCUUCGUUUGUAGCAUAUUUGUACAGAUUACAUAACUUGUUGGUUCAUUGCACCGUCUUGUACUUGACGCUUAUGGUGAAGUUUGUAUUUAUAAAUGAUGGAAAAAUAUCGGAACUCAAUCGGAAAAUAAAGUGAGAAAUUGGGAUUUCCGAUUGGCAUGUCAUUUUUUCCUGAAGUGCUUUUUUAAAUUCUGCUUUUUUGGAAUUAUUUUGAAUUUAAUUGUGAUUGUUACGAUAGACCUAGCUGUUGCAAUGCCUAUGAAUGAUUUGUUUCUAAGCAGUAAAUUUUGUCGUAACUCAGUUAAAAUAACUUAAUCAAAUCUUCAAAUGAUGAAACAAUAUUUUAAAUUGAUUUAUGAUAUUUUAAAUUGAAUGUUCUU